GCUAGCAAAGACAUUUGAAUAAGACACUAAUAAGACACUGAGCAUUAGGUGGCGUAGUGUGUGUUUUUAUCUCAAAUUAUUUGCUGAUUGGCUGAAAGCUGACCGCGCGUGCCACUUACUGAACGCACGCACAUAAAUUGCGAGCACCGGCUUAGCCGUCGGUCACCCCGUGGGUACAUUUUGAAGAAGGAAUUGGUCACCGUGAGUUCAUAACUUCACCAUCGUCGUAAGUCAAUGGCUUUCCCCGCAUACCGCAGCUGCAUUUGGAUGUUGCUUCUGGGAUCAUGCGUGUCGAUGGCACUUGGAACCGACUGUAGAAAGGAGUGCGCUCUCUGUGUGUACCGUCUGCUUGGACAGCACACUGGUUUUUCUACUUUGACAUGCUCACUUGAGUGUGAGGGUGAGUUGGACAGUGAGAAGCUCCGCCUCUGCUGGGACAUCCUACUGGAGGAAGAGAACCAUGUUCCUUUUGAUGGGGACCUACGGCAACAAGAAGAACCAGAAGCAGCUGGCAUCAUUACAACUAAUGACGAGGAUGAAACAUCACCAGGACAUCAACUGGCCAAGAAAUAUGGUGGCUUUAUGAAGCGUUACGGUGGCUUCAUGUCUCGCCGUUCUUUUUCAGAAGAGUUGUUAGAUGAUUCCGUAAAUCAAGAUGAGGAAGAAAAGGUACGCCUGGAGAUCCUAAAGGUCCUUAAUACAGCGUCUCAGCAGGGGAAAGAGGGGGGCAUUCAAGAUAGUGAAGCUGUAAAGCGCUAUGGAGGUUUUUUGCGUCGUGCUGAUGAUGGGGAAGCGCAGAGUGAUCUGCUGGAGGCAGUGUUAGGCCGUGGGUUGAAAAAGCGUUAUGGAGGGUUCAUGAGGCGUGUGGGCCGGCCUGAGUGGCUGGUGGACGGCAACAAGAAUGGGGCAGUAUCUAAGCGUGCGUGGGAAAAUGGCGAGCUACAGAAAAGGUAUGGUGGAUUCAUGGACUAGAAGCCAAAAGUUAGGACCCCAUUCUUAUAUAAGCCCAUUCAACCUUCCUUCACCUUCAUCUGGCUUUGUAUAAAGUACUGCUCCCUACUUUGUUGCUUCAGUGGGUCCUGUAAUGACAUGAAAUAUAUGCACUCUGUCAAAAUCAAUAUUUGGGUGUUUAGAAUUUGAAUAUAUUAUUUAUUAAAAUACGGUGUUGAUCAAGGUGA